AGUCAUCGUAACAAGAGUGCCUUGCAAGUUACAUUGGCAGGAUUGAGUAUAUAAGAAUCAAGAUGCGACGCCUUAUGGACUUCAUUCUCAGGCAGAAGCAAUCGACAGUUCCAUACUAAGAACAAGAAUACAAACUAUUAAGCUUAAUACUUUAAUCCAAACCUUGUCUAUAUCCACUCACCCAAUCGCUUCAAACCUCCUUCACAUCCUUCAAUAUGUCCAACAACUCAGGCAACAAUGUUCCCACAACCUCAGACUCCCAGGUAGAUUCUACCAAGUAUAACAGUUCCAAGGUCGCCGAUCCCGAAACUGCCUCUAUUGCUACCUUUUCCUCGUCAGCGCCCCUUUUCAAAAAGGACCAGAAGGAAAAGAAUGGAACGGAAAUCGAUGCCAAGAAGCUCCAGGAACAGGCCCUCAGGUCACAGAUUCGAUUCAGUAUGUAGUCGACGGAUUCUCGAGGUCUGGGACAUGGUGCUGAUUUAGAAAGCGGACUGAAAAUAUGGUGAAGGGCACGGGCACAUAAAUGUAAAGGGGCGAAGGGUAUCUUUUGUUUAAAUGCAGGACUAGUUUUUAUACUCGAUGAGUCUUUAGAAUCGAGUAAUAAACGACUGUUUAUUCUUUUGAUUUGAGAGUUGUGGAUUUAGAAACUAUCGUUCAAAAUAUCUUCGUUCAUCUUCACCAUAGAGGGGCUGUAUUCGGACGAAUUCGGAUCGGCCCCAGCAUCCAGUAGAAUGUCACCAACAAUUCUUUGGCUGGCUUCACGUGCUGUCAGACAGCGUUAGUAUAUAGAAGUACAUAUGAGAGCGGUAUAGAACUUACCAGGUGUUUGCAA